AAUGCGCCGAUAAGUUAUUUGGAAACUUUUAUUAAGCACCAGGAGAGGAAGAAGACAGCCGCAGGAGGUGUUUGUUAUGACCGGUUACGACAGAGAGCACGUCCUUCACUGCACUGCACAGAUACAGAGGAAGGAAUGGGACCUUCAGGUGGAGCAGUGUUGAUCCAGACACCAGUGCAGCUCUAUCGAUAUCUCCUCAGAUGUUGCAGACAGUUGCCGACCGCAGAGAUGCAGCAGCACUAUAAACAUUCCAUAAGACAGGGUUACAAGAGUCACUCGGAUGAAGAUGACCCAGAGCGGAUCCAAAUGAUAAUCCACAGAGCAGUAGCAGAUGCUCAGUGGAUUCUUGAUAAAUAUACCAAGAAGAAGUGAGGCUCAUGAGAAGAGAGGGUGUCCACUACACCUGACACGGUUGUAGGUCUCAAGUCAGUGUCUGUAUACAUGUUAAAUGGACUUAUAUAGCUGGCCACUGAAAGCACUUUAACUUGGUCACAUUCAAACAUUUGUGGUUUAGGGUUCAGUGUCUUGCCAAAGGACACCUCAACAUGUGGAAUUGAGGAGGUGGGACUUGAACCUCUUACCCUCUAAUGCUGAGUUGAAUAAAAUAUUUAAGUGUAAAUACAGUAGUUAAAAUAAAAUGUGUUGUCAAUG